GUAUUUACAUAUAUCAAAGACAACAACCAACUUAAAUACAAAUAAGAAAAUUAAUCAAAAUUGAAACGAGGGGUUAUAUUGAUAUGGGUAUUGGAAAGUAUGCUAUGGUUGGGAUGUAGUUAACCACCGUAGAAGAAAACAUCGAAUCCCACUACUAAAUUUGGUGGAAGACAAGAUUACUAAAUGGAAAGAGGCGGCAUCAGUCGAGGAGGACGUUGGAAUGUGGAAAACAAGUGAUGAGAAGUUCAAGAAUAAGUUCUCUACGAAAUCAACUUGGGAGUUGUUGAGAACAAGAGGAACUAAGUGCACUUGGAGUAAAGGGAUCUGGUUCAGGUAUGCAACUCCAAAAUUUGCAUUUCUCUUGUGGAUAUCUAUGCAUAAUAGAUUAGCUACGGGAGAUAGGAUGAUGAAGUGGGGAGGCCCUGUUAGCACUACUUGCUCUCUGUGUGAUGAACUGAUAGAAACAAGGAACCAUUUGUUUUUUGAGUGUGGAUUCUCAGCAGUAGUGUGGGAGAAUCUUGCAAAAGGAGUGAUGAAAAAUGAGUUUACGAAAAAUUGGAGAAGGAUAAUGGAUUUGAUAUCUGUGAAUCAAACCACCACGAGACAGUUCACACUGAGAUACAUUUUCCAAACGGUAGUUCAUGGUAUAUGGAUGGAGAGAAAUGGGAGAAGGCACGGGGAGAAAAGCCUUUGAAUACAUCAACAUUGAUCAGAAUCAUGGAGAAAAAUAGAAACAGAUUUGCUUCAGUUAAAAGAGAAGAUCGCACAUGGUUGGUAGAUGGACUCAGUUUCUGGUUCUCAACAAGACUAGUUUCAAGUCUAUAGAAGUUUUUUAGACUAUAGAAAUGUAUAGUUGAAUCUCUUCUUAUAUAUGAAGCAUGUAAAUGUAAACCAAAUGGGUUUUUUGUUUGAAUAAAAUUUAACAUUUAUUUAAAAAAAACUAAUCAAAAUAUUAAUAAAUUUAGAAUAACAAAUAUCAUAGUUAAAUUCAUAGAAAUAGAUGUAAUCCAAUAUAUUCAAAUAAUAACUAAAUCGAGGUAAAAUAACAAAAAUACUAAAUAUAACAUACCUAAAAUCAUAUGUCUAAUUAAAGUAAUAUAGUAUUAUUAACAUAAAUUAUAAAUUUAUUUAAAUCUAAAACUAAAUAUCAAUCAAUUAUUAUAGUUUAUUUACUUUAUAAAUAUUUAUACCCGUGCAUGAGCACGGAAAAAUCACUAGUUUUAUAUUAUAUUGUUUGUUUUAUAUUCAUAAUGGAAUUAUCUUUAUAUUUUUUUAACAUUUAAUAUAUUUUUGAUGAAAUUUAGCAAUAAUAUAUCUAAAACCACAUUUAAAUUCUAUACACCAAAUAAUAUAAUAUAAUAUAAUAUAAUAUAAUAUAAUAUAAUAAAAUGUAAUACUAUAUUAUACUCAACCGAGAGAUUAUGCGAAAAAUCUAUCAAAACCAAAAAAACAAAAAACAAAAUCUAAUGCACAUGGCAUUAGCGUUUCACUAAUGAGAGAGUGAAGGGUAAAAUAAUCUCAAGUAAAUCUUUCCUUUUUCUCACAAACCUCAACGGCUAAAUAAUCUUCUGAAGUAAAUCUUUCCCUUUAUUCACCGCACAAUCAAAUAAAAAUCUAUAAAUAUAUCACACACCAAUUUCACAAAGUUUCUUACGCCAAAUUUUAUUUGUUUUCUUCUUCCUUCUUCGUGUACGAGAAAAAUAAAGCGUGUUUUGAGAAAGCCACCACCAUGCGACCACCUCGUCCUUCCCCUAGUUCCAAGUGCUCUUCUUCUUCUUCUAGUUAUUCACUCGCUGCAACGAGUUUGAACAGCAGACUCUUGACGGUAUUCAAGAAAGCACAAGAGCUUACUACUCUCUGUGAUAUCGAAGCCUGCGUCAUUCAUUACGGACCUGACGGCGAACUCAAGACAUGGCCUGAGGACAGAGACAAAGUGAGAUCCCUCGCUCUCCGCUACAUCCAAUUAGACCAAGACAAGAGACGCAAGAAAAGCAUUAAUCUUUACGAGUUCCUCAACAAGAUGAAAGAUAAGAAGAAGAUGAUUAAUAGUUUCAAGAAGAAGGCGAAGAGGAAUGUUGAAGAAUUAAAGUAUCCAAUCUCUCAUCACUACUCUCCCUACCAAAUCAACCAACUCAUUCAGUCCUUGGAACUAAGUUACUCUACGUUACAAGAAAGACGUCGUUUUCUUGCGGCAAAGGCAAACUUGGAGGAUCGUCAACAUUCUUUCAACCCUAGCCAGUUCACACAAGAGUCUGUGUUGAAAAAUCAGGAGCUUUGUGUUAAUGUUAAGAACAACAACAGCUUUCAACAUCUUUGCGUUUCUGAUUACUCAACGGUACAAGAAUCUGCGUUACGUUAUCACUCUAUGCUUUAUGGCGGUACUUAUGAUCAGAACAUGAUGUGUAUGGGUAACAUCAACAACGUUCAACAUCCUUGGCUCUCAAACGCACACCCACCAGAGCUACAAGAACCUAAUCAGUUGAUGCAGCAUGAGCUUAAUUAUGGCUUUGAUCAAAACAUGUUGUGUAUGGGUGAUACUACCAACAGCUUCAGCGUUGUAGAUCCUUGUCUCCCAAACAUGCUUCCAGAUGAUUUCUGCUUUGAUUUUCAAGACCCUUAUGGUGGUAACAUGGUCGGUAACCCUAGUUUCUCUCAAGUUUUUUUUUCCAGACAUGUCUUCAAGCUAUGUUUAUGGGAGCCGACUACUUCAGGGGUCUACUCUACCAUCUCUCUAGCUCCAACAUUACUAACCAAAACUCUGAGAUUCCAAGCAAUUUACCUGAUGAUCACAGAGAGUGAAGCAGUUUAUGCAUCUGCAUGUUUCUAUUUUUGA